AUGGUUGGGCAAGUUUGCACCAUAUUAAGAUCUAGAUUGUUGAGAUUUACAUUGAAAUCUGGGUGUACAAGUAGUUAUACACAGGUGUUGAGGUGCAAUGUGAUUUCAAGUCACCAUCCCAAGAUCGUUGUGAUGGUGGUUGGCCAUGACUCCGAACCAUUUUCUCUCACCACUCUCAGGUUUGCACCAUUGGCAUUGCUGAGCAUAGACUAUAUAAUGCAUACCAUUAAAGGAGGCUGGGUUGGACAAACAUUUGCCCUUGCCACGUCCAAUGACUCUGGAGGCAAGAAGUCAAGGAUUAGGCGUUCAAAAGAAGAGAGGAAGACAAUGGUUGAAUCUUUCAUAAAGAAGUAUCAGAAAUCAAAUAAUGGGAAUUUUCCAUCUCUUAAUCUUACACACAAAGAAGUUGGUGGCUCUUUCUACACUGUGCGCGAAAUUGUUCGAGAGAUUAUUCAAGAAAAUAGAUUGUUGGGUCCAGCAAAAUUGUUUUCAGAAGAGGAUAACUCUGGGUUUCCGGAUCAACACCCAGUAGGAUCUAUUUCUUUUGAUCCUAAAAAUGGUUUGCCAUUAUCAGAUAAAACUCUUGUGAGACAUACUGCAUCCGAUCAAGAUCAAGUAACCAGUGGAGAGCCCAUUUUCAAUUUUAGCCCGCAGUUUCAUGGACCUGAGCCAGUGGUAUUGGAUAAUAAACGGAUAGUUAAUAAACUAAGUGAUGCAGAUGAAACAGAUGGAGGAUCUGAAGAACUCAGUAUGUGGCAUUUCGCAUCUUUUCAUCAUCAAGAUAGCUGCAUGGACAAUCUAUCGUAUUUUACUGAGCAUUUUCCUCAAUCUAUCAGUCAAAAGUGUGUGGAUGACCAAAUUGCUAGCGGCAGCGAGACGUUUGAAAAAGAUCAAGAAUGUGAUAAAUCAACCAUAACAAAUACUAUGCCCAUUCAUCAAGACACCACCUGUGAAACUUCUGUCCUAUCUAGUGGGAUGUUUCCUCAACCAGAGAGUCAGGGGCUUAGUGACGAACAAAUUUUCGAUAAGAGCAGUCAGAUAAAUCAACAAACAAAAGUUGUGACAUACACGGAGGCUGUAGCAAAGGAGAUUCUGGAUAGAGAGAAAGAUAUAGUGAAAGAACUAGAAACAUCAGAAGCCGUAAUAGCUCAUAAGAAACCUGAGGUUUUGGUGGAGACAUUUCCGCUAAGGGCCGUUUCUAAGAAUAUUCACGACAUGGCCGGAGAAGAUAUCAAGUUAAGUGAUGUAACUGGAACCUUGGAAGAGAAGGCAACUCAUCAUGAGGGAAUAAUGUUUACCAAGAGCUCAUCUACUUUAACUAAUGGGAAAUUUGAGGAAAAACUUCCAUCUCUGGAAAGUUUAGACAUUUCUACAACCAUCGAACCCACUACACUUGAUGGUAGUAUUGUCAAAGAUGUCGAAGCAAAGGAUUUGUUGCCUGAUGGAACUAAGGCCUGUGAUUCUCCCCAACAGUCGAUUCUGAAGGAGCCCACUGCAGUUGGAAGAAAACCUUAUGUUCAAGAUAAUGGCAGUUUUCAGAAAGAAAGCAAUCCCAUUCUGGACAGGAUUAAUCUUGAAACGUGGGAAGGGACAUCAAAGAAAUCACCAGACCCUAAUCCACUUUUGACUUUACUCAAGGGAUUUAUAUCUGCUUUUGUGAAGUUUUGGAUUGAAUAA